AUGGCUGCCCUUCUCGAGGACAUUUUUGAUGUCAAAGAUAUUGAUAAAGACGGUAAAAAAUUUGACAAGGUCUCCCGCCUGUUCUGCGAGAGCGAGUCCUUCAAGAUGGGUCUCAUUCUCGACAUAAACUCCCAGAUUUAUCCACUGACCAAGGGAGACAAGUUUCGUCUUGUUCUCACUAAGACCCUUCUUAACGAUGCCGUGGGAGACGACGAUGACGAUGAUGAGGAUGCAGCUGAAGAAACAGAUGGCCGUUUAACAAACAGCAAGAUGGCCGAAUUCGACUACGUAUGCUACGGGAAAAUCUAUCGGAUUGAAAGCCACGACAGUUCGGUUGACUCGAGCCGUCUGGCCUGCUAUGUGUCCUUUGGCGGCCUGCUCAUGCAACUGACUGGCGAUGCAAGUAAUCUCCAGGGAUUUCGUGUGGGCAAGCGUAUCUAUCUGAUGAUGAAGAAACUGGCCUUCUGA